CACCAAAAACGAAUGUCAUUUUAUCUAAACAAUUUUAUUCAGAAUAGCUGUAUCUUUUCAAGCUCAGAGUAUUCAAAAUUCUAAACAACAUUGAGAUAACAAGUUUUCAAAACAGUUUUCAUUCAGUAAAACCACCGCAACAAACUCAAGUAUUUCUAUAGCCGAAACAAUCCAGCAUGGGGCGAGACUUGUUCCGGGACACCAGCAUCCGGUAUUUCGGCUACGGACGCGAGAUCGGGGGCCUACUCCGGUCUCACAUCCCGGGCAACAUCUACCGCGGCUUGCAUACCGCCACCGCCGGGUACGUCAUGUGCGACACCGCUCACAAGACCAUCCUCAUGAUGAGGAACGAUGGAAGACUCUGGAAGGUCAUCGCGGCUACCGGCGACGCCCUCAUCUGGCAAGGACUCGCCUCCCUCGUCAUCCCGGGGCUCGCGAUCAACAGAAUCGUCUUCUACACGUUCCGCGCUUUGAACAACACAAGUCACAAAGGCACUAAGAUGCAGCAGACUAUUACGACUGCUGUUGGUAUGUUGUCUAUUCCGAUUAUUGUCACUCCUAUUGAUAGAACUGUUGACUUCUUUAUGGGCAUAACCUACAGAGCUUUAUUUGGGACAUAACUGAGACACGGUUUUUUUUAUUAUUUUGAAAUGUUAGUUUGCUUUCACUCAGUGGAGGUUUGUUCUAAUUCUAUUUUUGUGGUAUUUUAAUAAAUUUGCUAAGAUUCUAUUUCUUAA